UCCCCUGUCCCGCGUGUCCCCUGUCCCGCGUGUGUUUUAGUGAAGGACGUGUUUUGGUGUUUUUCAGUCGGGCGGGGAUCGAUGACUCUAAGAAGUGGGGGAUGAUGUUUCUGAGCAACCAGCUGUUCAAGAUCUACUUCAAGAUCAAUAAGCUGCACCUGUGUAAGCCUCUGAUCAGAGCCAUCGACAGCUCCAACCUGAAGAACGACUACAGCCCCGCCCAGAAGGUCACCUACAAGUACUACGUGGGCCGCAAGGCCAUGUUCGACAGCGACUUCAAACCAGGUCAGACUCAGUACUACAAUACUACACCUGUACUGCUGUCAGACUGCUGUCAGACCACAACAAUACCACAACAGUAUUACAGCAGUACUUUAGUGAGCCAGUCAG